AUGCGGCGGGGCGCGGCGCUGGCGCUGCUGGGGCUGCUGUGGGCGGCGGGCGGCGGGCAGGUGUACCGCCUGCGCCUGGCCGUGCCCGAGGGGCUGCCGCCGGGCACGCUGGUGGGCGACAUCCGCGCGGGGCUGCCGCCCGGCCCGCGCCCCCCGGAGCCGGGCGGCGGGUUCCUGCUGUCGGAGGAGUUGGCGGUGCUGGCCGACCUGGAGGUGGCGGCCGAGACGGGGCUGAUCCGCACGGCGCGGCGGCUGGACCGCGAGCGCCGGCCGGGCUACAGCUUCGCGGCGGCCACGCGGCGCGGCGCCGUGGUGCAGGUGGACAUCGCGGUGCUGGACGUGAACGACCACCCGCCGCGCUUCCCGCGGGCCCGCCUGCGCCUCGACGUGUCCGAGCUGAGCCCGCCCGGCAGCGCCUUCCGCCUGCCGCCCGCCAAGGACCCCGACGCCGGCGGCUUCGCCACGCAGGGCUACACGCUGCUGCCCGACGGGGAGGCCGAGGCGGAGGAGGAGGAGGGCCCCCUCUUCCAGCUGCGCUACGGCUCGCCGGGCUGCCCGUCGGAGCCGCUGGAGCUGGUGCUGCUGCGGUGCCUGGACCGCGAGCGGGAGGCUGGGCACCGGCUGCUGGUGGAGGCGUGGGACGGCGGGAGCCCACCGCUGCGCGGCUACCUGCGCCUGGACGUGCAGGUGCUGGACGAGAACGACAACAUGCCGCGCUUCGCGCAGCGGGAGUAUCGCGCCCACGUGCGGGAGGACGCGCCGCCCGGCACCGCCGUGUGCCGCCUGCAGGCCGCCGACCCCGACCUGGGCGCCAACGGCGAGGUGCGCUACGCCCUGGACCCGCGCCAUGGUGACCCUGAGGGCUACUUCGCGGUGGACGAGCGCACUGGGGUGCUGCGCCUGCAGCGCCCGCUGGACCGCGAGGCCCGAGCGCUGCAUCACCUGGUGGUGCAGGCGCGGGAUGGCGGCACCCCACCUGAGGCUGCCAGCGCCCUGGUGAGUGUGGUUGUGCUGGACGUGAAUGACAACGCGCCUGCCAUCCGCCUGCUCUUCCUCACUGAGACCGGCAGGCCGCAGCUGUCCGAGGGGGCUCGGCCUGGUGACUAUGUGGCGCGGGUGACAGUGUCCGACCCUGACAAGGCGGGCGCAGGCAGCACGGCGCUUGCAUUGGAGGAUGGAAGUGAUGGGGCCUUUGUGCUGCGGCCUGGUGGCCGUCCCGACCUCUACUGGCUCUGUGUGCAGGGCCCACUGGACCGUGAGCGCCAGGCCCUGUAUGAACUGCACCUGGUGGCUACAGAUGGUGGGCAGCCGCCACGCUCCACCCGUCGCGCGCUGCGCCUGCAGGUGGCCGACCUCAACGACGAGGCGCCCACCUUCGCGCAACCCCACUAUAGUGUCACUGUCUCUGAGGCUGCCAUGCCCGGCACUGCCGUGCUUCACCUCAGCACCACCGAUGCUGAUGAGCCCGGCUCACCCAAUGCUCAGGUGCGCUAUGCUUUGGAGGAAGUGGAUGGCCCAGGCACACCAUCAGCACUGGAGCUGUUCACCAUUGACCCGCUGAGUGGUGUGUUCAGCACCCGGUGCCUGCUGGACCGUGAGCAGCAGGCAGUGCUGGAACUGCGUGUUGUGGCCCGGGACCUGGGCAAGCCACCGCUGUCCUCUUCCUGCCUUGUUAACAUCCGCCUGGAGGAUGUCAACGAUAAUGAGCCUGUCUUCGAGCGGCAGGUGUACAACACCAGCCUGGCCGAGCAUGCUGGGCCAGGCCACUGCCUCCUCCAGGUCAAGGCAACAGAUGCAGAUACAGGCCAAUUUGGUGAAAUAGAGUAUUUUCUUUAUGAUGGGUUCCAUAAUUAUGAAAAAUCUAAAGCAUUUCAGGUAGACCCAAGUACUGGUCACAUCUGUGUAUCUCAAGACAUUGAUAGGGAAGAGGAUCCAGUCACUUACGAUCUCUUGGUGAAAGCGACAGAUGGGGGUGGAUUAAGUGCCCAAGCUUUUGUUCGCAUUGAGAUUGAAGACAUUAAUGAUAAUCAACCUAUCUUCAACCCAGAAACCUAUCUGACAAGCAUUAGUAGUCAUACACUGCCAGGAACAGAAAUCACAAACGUCAUUGCCACAGACAGGGAUUCUGGUAUAUAUGGCAGUGUGACAUAUGAGCUUGUUCCAGGCAACUUUUCAUCACUUUUCACAGUGGAUACUUCUACAGGAAUUAUUUAUUUAAUAUCAUCUCUCAGCCAUUUGGAUCAUACUGUGGUGUUUUUGAAUGUUUCUGCACGGGAUGGUGGUGGCCUUACCUCUGUCAUUAAUGCAGCCAUCAAAAUAAACAUCCUUCAGACAACUUUGGCACCCGCUAUUUUUGAGAAGCCACGGUAUGCCUUUUUGGUUCCUGAAGAUGUCCCUGAAGACACUCCUGUUGGAACUGUAAAGGCAAGAGCACCUACAAAUUCUUUAGAAGUGAUCUCUUACAGAAUUUCCUCUGGUGACCCUGAUGGAAGAUUUUAUAUUGACCCACAGUUUGGUAUCAUUCGCACCAAAAAAAAGCUGGACCACGAAGCUCAGGCUGUCAUGGUGCUCACAGUCCAGUCUCAGUUGGGUAGUUCUCUUGUCUACAGUAGCACCCAAGUCAAUAUAUCUGUGAUUGAUGUCAAUGACAACCACCCAGUAUUUCUUACAGGGUCUGACAAAAUAAUUAUAUCACAGAGCACACCACCUGGCACAGCUCUGUACAUUGCUCAUGCAGAUGAUAAAGACAGUGAGCUAAAUGGCCUAGUCAAAUAUAAUAUUGCAAGCAAGCAGUCCAAUACAUUUAACAUUGAUCCAAGCCUUGGGGUGGUGUACCUCACAAAAACCCUGUCUGCAGAUAAGCAAAAAGAGUACACUCUGCCCAUAGCAGCUGAAGACCAUGGAAGUCCUCCUUUGAUUUCUCUUUUAACACUGACAGUGAUUGUUGAAGAGCAAAAGAUGAGCUCGAUUUUGACUUUUGAAAACUUGAUAUAUCAAGUGGAAAUCAGAGAGACAUCUUCCCUAGAUACCAAAAUUCUCCAAGUUCAAGCCCAUGCACUAGAUCCAGAGCACACUGCCUUCACAAUGAUAUAUUCCCUAGAGCCUAGCACAGACUCUGCUGCAUUUCGAAUCAACCCUGAAACUGGCUGGAUUUACCUCCGGAAACAUCUAAACUAUGAAUCUACACAGAUGUACAGUUUUAGAGCCCUUGUCAGCAGCCCAGAGGACAGCUCAAGGCAAAAUGCAAGCACGUCCGUGAUAGUUAAUGUUGUGGAUGAAAAUGACAAUUCCCCCAUGUUCUUGCAUGAUAUCUAUUUUUUGGAAAUUGAAGAAAGUCCAGUUCCCCGAGGGGUGGUUGGCAUCUUCACAGCGAUUGACAGAGACUCUGGAAGAAAUGGACAACUUUCCUAUUUCCUUUUGUCUGAUGGAAAAUAUUUUAAAAUUAAUUCCAAUACAGGUGAAAUUACAAAUGGUGUUGCAUUAGAUCAUGAACAACAAGCCCAUCACCAAUUGGUCAUACUAGUGACAGACCAUGGAGUUCCACGACUUAAUGCCACAACAACCAUAUAUAUCUCAGUUACUGACAUCAAUGAUAAUCAGCCUAUCUUUCCUCAGAUCCCAUCUGGAAAAGAGCUAGAUAUCAAGGUUUUGGAAGGACAACCAGGAGGCAUGCUUGUCACCACUAUGUUUGCAAAGGACCUUGAUUCGGGAAACAAUGGUAUAGUGUUAUUUUCAAUAGCACCAGAAGAGAAUUUAGGUCCCUUCCAGAUUGAUGCCAACAAUGGUGAGUUAAGGACAACUGAAUCUCUUUCAUAUAAUCAGAGAUCUAAAUACAGAAUAAUUGUCACUGCAAGUGACCAAGGAAUGCCUCCCCUUCAAGGACACGCAACUCUUAACAUUCAGGUAAUCCCACUUCCCAAAGGGAGUUCUAUCUUUUAUCAAGAUAUCAAGCACUUCAUCAUACCUGAAAAUUUUAAGCCUGCACAAGUGUUGAGUUCUAUAAAGUUGGCUGGUCAUCGUCCACAAGCCAAUAGAAAACAGCAUUUUAGUAUUGCUGAAGAAGAUGACAAUGUUCAUUUUGAAAUAGAUAGUUCAACAGGGGAGCUCUUUCUUUCCAAGGAACUUGACUAUGAAACAGUUUCUCACUUCCUUCUGAGGGUUGUUGUGAAGGAUUGUAAUAAGAAUCCUCCACAAAACAAUUCUGUUUUCCUCAAUAUUGAUGUAGAAGAUAAAAAUGACCACUCCCCUUAUUUCCAAGAGGAUUUCAUAGUGAUUGGCAUAGAGGAAAAUGUACCUGUUGGCACCUUAGUAUACACAUUCAAUGCAAAAGAUGGAGACGGCAGUUUUCUGAACAGCAAAGUAUGGUAUUCCAUUAAAAUGACUGACUCUGGUGAAAAUCCAUUUCUCAUCAAUCCUUCAUAUGGCACCUUGAUCACAGCAGUUCCGUUAGAUAGAGAAGUCACUCGUUCUGUGGUCCUGACAGUGUCUGCAGCAGAUCAGGCAGUAAACUUGACAGAUCGCAGACUUGGAUCCCAGACAGCAAAAAUUGUCAUUUUAGACAUCAAUGACAACCGUCCCAGUUUUGUGUCUUCUCCUCUUGCUUAUGUCAUGGAGGAUGCAGAGAUAGGCUCUCUGGUGCAUCACAUAAUUGCAGAGGAUCCAGAUGAAGGAAGCAAUGGACAAAUUGCGUAUCAUAUUCUAUCAGGCAAUGAAAACAACGUAUUUAUGCUAGAUAAAAUCACAGGAGUACUAAUCAUAGCUAUUCCUUUGGAUCAUGAGAUUCAAGAUUACUAUAAUUUGACAAUUAUGGCUCUUGAUGAUGGCACACCAGCACUCUCUGCGACACAGAUUGUGACUAUAAUGAUUCUUGAUGUGAAUGAUGAGAGACCACAGUUCCAAAGGCAACUGUAUGAAGCUAUAGUCUGUGAAAACAAAGAUCCAGGGGAAUUUGUCAUUAAGGUGGAAGCAGUAGACAGAGAUUCAGGAAUAAAUUCCCUGCUGCAAUAUGAAAUAUUACCAGGAACAGGAUAUGAAAAUUUCAGGAUAAACUCAGAUACCGGAGAGGUGAUGACAACUGUAUCACUUGACAGGGAGUCACAAGAGAUUUUCAGUAUUAAAGUGUUGGUUCGAGACAGUGGAAUGCCUUCUUUAUCCAGCACAGCAGCUAUUGUCUGCAAGGUAUUAGAUGAAAAUGACUAUACUCCGGAGUUUCUUCUUCCUGUCUCUGAAAUGCAAAUUCCAGAAAACCAAGAACCUACCGUAGUUCACACAGCAUUGGCUGCAGACAUGGAUACUGGCAAUAAUGGAACUUUGAGAUACCAAAUAAUUGGUGGAAAUUUUGGGGAAUACUUCACUCUAAAUGAUACUUCAGGAAAACUCUUGGCCACUCGUAGCUUAGACAGAGAGGAUGCCAACAACUUUACCCUUAUUAUUGAGUGCCGUGACUUGGGCAUCCCGCUAAGAAGCUCUACAACACAGCUGCAGAUUACAGUACUGGAUGAAAAUGAUAACAGUCCUAUAUUUGCAAAGCGCCAUUAUCAAACCUCUAUAAGAGAAGACCUUGAAGAAGGAUCAGUAAUUCUUGAGCUGUUUGCUUCUGAUGAAGAUGAUGGCCUGAAUGGUGAGGUUGUAUACUCUCUCAUUGAUGACACCCUUGGAGCAUUUGCUAUUAAUAGUGCAACUGGUGCUGUAAUAACAACAAAAGCCCUGGAUCGGGAGACCAGAUCUCAGUAUACAUUCAGAGCUGUGGCAAGUGACUGUAGCAUCCAGGGACCAAGAAGUACUACUACCAAUAUUAUGGUGUACGUUGACGAUAUUAAUGACAAUGAUCCAGUUGUUCUACAGAACCCUUACAUGGCUUAUGUGUCUGCUGAAACCUCUGUGAAUCAGACAGUAGUCACUGUGAGAGCAGAGGACAUGGAUCUGGGGCCAAAUGGAACUGUAGUUUUUAGUUUUAUGGUACCAGAACCUAUGUUUCAGAUUGACAUGAAGACAGGAGAGGUUACUCUUCAAGAGCCUAUGCCUUCUGAAGGCUUCACUACCCACCUUUUUGUAAUGGCUUCAGAUCAAGGUUUCCCACCGAGGACAGCUACAGCUCUCUUGUCUGUCUCUACAAGGGAACAAGAGGAGGAGAUUUCAUUUAGUCAAAGACUAUAUGAAAUAACUGUGCCUGAAAAUAGUGAAGCAGGUACCUCACUUUUGACUGUAGAAGCUUAUGACGAUAAUUCAACAGGAGAAAGCAUAAAAUACAGGCUCUUCAAUGAUAAUGAAAAUGUUUUCUCCUUAGACCCCAAGACAGGUGAACUUAGACUGAAAGAGCCGAAGUUUCUUGAUUAUGAAAUCAAAAGCAAAAUACAUCUUACAGUUUUGGCUGGAAAUGGCUUGACUUCAGCACUUUGUGGCAUAACAGUUUUGAUACAAGAUGUGAAUGAUAAUGCCCCUAAAUUUGAACAAAGCUAUUACAAAACAUCAGUGUGGGAAGGCCAAAUCUACAGUACAUACAUCAUGCAGAUUUUUGCAACUGACCUCGACAGUGGGCUAAAUGGAGAAAUUGAAUAUUCAGUUGUAUCUGGUAAUGAAAACAAACUGUUUCUUAUUGAUUCAGCACAAGGGAUUUUAGCAGCGAAUGCAAUCCUGAAUUAUGAAGACAUUUCAUCAUAUAGGUUGGUUGUACAAGCCACUGACAAAGGAAACCCCAGACUUUCUGCUACAUGUAUAGUAACAAUACAGGUGGUGGACAUUAAUGACAAUGCCCCAGUUAUCCAGGCACCAGGCAAAGUACAGGUAUCUGAAAAUGCCCCACUUGGUUUCUCUGUUACUCGGGUAUUAGCAAGUGAUAUGGAUUUAAGCCCAGCUCUUCUCUAUAGUUUUAGUGACAAUGCUAAUCCUGCAAUUAAGUUUGCUAUCAAUCAGUACACUGGAGUAAUCACACUUGUGGAGCCAUUGGAUUUUGAAGAAGCUGCUCAUCAUGAGUUGUGGAUCAGAGUUUCAGAUUCCAUAUAUGAAACAGAAGCACAGCUCACUAUUAAUAUUUUGGAUGUCAAUGAUAAUCCACCAGUGUUUACUCAGGACUCAUACCAGGUAACAGUACCUGAACUCACACCUGCAAAUACCACUGUUUUGACGAUCUCUGCUAUAGACAGAGAUUCAGAGCACAAUGGAAUUAUUUGCUACAAAAUUCUGUCUUCUGAUGAGGGAUUUUCAAUUGAUUACAAAAAUGGCUCAAUAUUCACUAUCCAACCAGUGACAUUCUCAGGCAAAAAUUCAGCUAUUCAGCUUCUUAUUGAAGCCAAAGACAAUGGAAACCCUGCUUUGACAGCUGUUACUUCCGUGGAGAUACAGGUACAGGAUGUAAAUAACUAUGCUCCUCAGUUUACCAUGGUACUAUAUAAUCUCAGCGUGAGUGAAGAUGCCACAGUUGGAAAAACACUUCUUACAUUUUCAGCCAUUGACUAUGAUUGGGAGCAUGACAAUGCAUAUAUUGAAUAUUCUGUUAUCAGUGGCAAUGCUGAUAAUCAAUUCCAUGUGGAAACAAGUGUCAGUAAAUCAGAAACAUCUUACAAGCUGGUUGGAAAUCUUGUUUUGAGCAGGAGACUGGAUAGGGAAACAGCUUCUUCUCACAGUUUGGUCAUUCUUGCAUUUGACCAUGGAAUACCUUCUUUGAAAUCUACUGCUACUGUAUUGAUAACUGUACUGGAUAUUAAUGAUAAUCCUCCAAUAUUUAGUAGUCUGGAGUAUCACAUUCAAGUCAAAGAAAGUAUCCCAAUAGGUAGUCAUAUUAUUAUGGUCUCAGCCAAUGACUCAGAUGCAGGAACCAAUGCUGAAAUCACUUAUAACAUAAUCUCUGGAAAUGAGAAAGGCCUCUUUCGAUUAGAUGGAAAAACUGGCUCUGUAGAUUUGAUCAGAAGCUUGGAUUAUGAGGAUACUAUGAAAUUCACAUUGAUUGUUCUAGCCUCUGAUGGAGGUAUCAGUGUAAAAAAUGUGGCUUUUUCGGUUCUUUUCCUUAAAGUCCUGGAUGACAAUGAUUAUGCCCCACUGUUUUUGUUUCCAAAUCUGAACUGUGUUAUCAGUGAAAAUCUUCCUCCCUUUUCUUCUGUGUGCACAGUUAAUGCACUGGAUUUUGAUACAGGUCCCUAUGGACAUCUUUCUUACUCCAUCCAGUCUUCAUGUUUGAGCAAUCGUGGAAUACCUCGAGAUCAUGACAUGUUUUUCAUAGAUCCUUUGACAGGAGAUAUCCAUACAAAACAAGUACUUGACUAUGAAAGUCAAAAUAAAUACUGUUUCAUAGCCCAGGCAAAAGACAAAGGUUACUCAAUAGCUACCCUAACAGUUCAGGUGGAUGUUGACGGGACAGAUGAGUUUGAUCCUGUUUUUACCCAAAAUCAAUAUUUUUUUGAUCUUCCUGAAAAAAAUGAAGCAGGUCAAUUGGUUGGCAAAGUGGUAGCAUCAGAUAAUGAUGGCGGACUGGAUGGAAUUAUUCAUUAUUCUCUGCUGAAGUUUUCUCAGUUCUUUUCUGUGAAUCAGACUAAUGGAAAUAUUUACUUGACUAGAACACUUCACCGAAAGAAAAGCAAUAACCAAAGGAAAGAUGGCACCCUUGAAUUCUUAAUAAGAGCACACAGCCCAAAACUUGGCUCUAAGUCUACCGUAUGUAGUGUAUUAGUAAAUGUUUCCAACUCUCCUGAGAGCUAUUCUGUAGUAUCUGCAUACAGCCUGUCUGUUAGCCUUACUGUCUCCUUUGUGGUAUUCCUGCUUCUUACCAUCAGUCUUAUUGCACUUAUUCUGAGAUACAAACGAAAAGACAUGAUGAAGUCCUGCAUGAGAAAAGAAACAUCAUCUUCAUCAGCUGCUGAUUUUAAUUUGAGCAGUGAAGAUAAGCUGUAUAAGGACUGCCAGAAAAUACAGGAAACUGAGAGAAGUAUACUUCCUAUGGGUUCAAUAACGGAAUGGCUGAGUUUGGUAGGCAUCAGAGAAAAGAAGGAUAUUGGUAAUCCCUGCAGGCACUCAGACUCAAGUGGCCAUGGUUCAGCAGAAGGGGUAACUGCUGAAGAUGAGGAAAUCAAAAGGAUUAAUGAACACCCUUUUCGAGUGAGUUCUGGCUCAGCCUUAAGUGAACGAGGAUCACGUGUGCCAGACUCAGGAAUUCCAAGGGAUUCUGACCAACUGUCCUGUCAAUCUGGAGAAACUGAUGUAGUGGCUGCCACUCACAGUGCAGAGAGCAUCCAAUCCAACAAGGAUGAAGGUGGCAGAGAAUGCUGUGACACAAACUGUACCCAUAAGAAAAUGGUGUCUCAAACUCUUACAAAAAUAGGGAUACAAGAGAAACACAUAAUGACAGAUGUUACAAGAGAAUAUAUCUUCAUCUCCGGUCAUCAGGACUCCCAAUGUGGAUCGCUUGCGACCCUUGUAGCCUCUGAUGAGGAUCUCCAAGGCAGUAAUAACUGGGAUUACUUGCUCAGUUGGGAGCCCAGAUUUCAGCCUCUUGCCUCUGUGUUUAAUGAUAUUGCAAAACUGAAAGAUGAAAAUUUACAAAUUCAUAGCUUUCCCAAUGAGAAGAAAUCUUUUAUUUUCCCACCUCCCUUGAUCACAUCAGUAGCUCAGCCUGGCAUAAGGACAGUACCACCGCGAAUGCCAAAUAUAAUACCAGGGCAGACAUUUAAAAACUAUCCUCGCUCUCCUGUUCUCCUCCAUAAUAUUAAAUGCCCUGCACCAGCUAUGACCACCAGUUUUUCUCCUUCUGUUUCUUUACUCACCAUGCAGACUCCUGCAAUUUCUCCAGUAGCGUCAGAUGUAGAACUGAUUGAAAUAUGUCUGACUGGGCCAACUCAUGAAUUUGCAGGAGAGGAAGAAGUUCAAGUGUAGAUUAUCAAUCACUGAUAAGAUAUGAAAGGGACAUCUGGCUUAAAGUAUGCUUUGCUACUGCUUAGCAAGCAAAACAUGCAUGUCAGCUAUAUCAUCCAUAUUUUCAUUCUGUUUUUAUGAUAUAAAAUGUAAUAGGUAAUUUAGUUUUCAAUUUUCUACCUACUUACCCUGUUCUUUGAAAAUAUACUCUAGACCUGUAAGGUUUUCCCCUUACCUAUCUUAUUCCAUCUCUCAAUUUCCAUGGUUUCUGAAGCAGGUACAUAUACCUAAGUAUCAUAUACUGAGUUUGACUGACUACAUUGUUUUAUCAGGAGAGAGCUCUGUAACGGUUUAUUGUAAUUAAUUAUUUGUUGUGGAAGAUCUUAAUUUCAAAUGCUGGUUACUGGUCAGGGUUCCAUUUAAUACAUAUACUCUGGGUUAAGAUUUGACUGUAGACCUAGCUGUAGAUCUUUGCCACUAGAAAGGAGACUCUGCCAGCUACCUGCAGACUCCAUUUGUGUAAAGGAAUCACACUUGAUUGAGGGUUGAUUUAGGAGCUUCUUUGUUGCCCUCUCUUUGCUCUUAGGAAUGUUCCCAAGAAGCCACUAUAUCUGACUGGAAAUGUGGCUACUUGAUCAUCCCCUUGGGGAUAUGGGAAACAAGUGUAAAAUAAAAUCAGUCUACUUCCUCUGAAUUCUGUCAGAAGGUGACUUGGUCCCAUUAAGCACUGGGACUGAAAAAGUAUAAAGGUCCCAUAAAGUCAUCUGUGCUGCCUCGCUUCGCAUGUGAGCUUGUUACAAGUACCAAAUACACAGCACAUUUUGAAUAUGUAUGUGUACCCAGACAUACACACACGUACACAUGCCUCUUGUGUUUAUGUGUGUAUACUGGAUCAAACUAACCAAAAUAUAUACAAAGUAGUUCUACACUGACAUCUAGUUCCCUCAAUGUAUAUAAAAAAGUCAUCGGUACUUAUUUUGCAUCACAUUAAAUAAAAGUGAAAUACAGGAAAUAACUGUACAAAUACAUGACCUGUAAAGUACAUGACUGGCAUAAUCCUGUCAAGGUGUCCAGUCUUUUGGGAUCAGCAGAUAUAUCAUGUGUUAUGAUUUUUCAAUGGUUUUGCCCAGAAUCACACAAAUGUGGAUUCUUUCUGCAUACAAAUGGAGCCGUUCAUAAAUUACCUAUAAACAAAGUACUGUUGUAUGUCUACACUCCAGAAAUAGCCACGGUAGUUUUAAAUGAAGUUCUACACAAACCAAUUUACCCUUCAUCUUGUCACAGUAAAUUAGCCUAUAUGGAGACCAUACUGGCUAGACUGCUUCUAAAAGCCAACUAGAAACCAACUUAGUUUUGGAAUCUCUAUGCUAUACGGCAACAAGUAGUAUAGAUAUACUGUAAGAGUUUGUGGGCAACAACAAAUGUUUACAAAAAAAAAAAAAUCAGAAUCAGCCAAAGCCUAUGCCAGGAAUGGGGAAGCAAAGGAAAAGAGUCACUUCAAAUUAGUAUCUGAACAUGGGCCAUUAUCUGAGAAUGAUUUGGGUCAUUAGAUUGGCCACCUCAGGGUUACAUCCUUAGAUUUCUUUCUAAGGACGGCAGAGUAUAUUUUUCCAUUUUGCAUUGUCACAAGAUGCAUGUCUGGUUAUUGACAUUUCAAGGUUAAUUUAUGAACUUUCACACCAAAUAGUUUUGGCUUUUGCUUGGUACUGUAGUUACUUUUUGCAACCAACUCGGCAAAAUUAAUUUAUGAACUGUGUAUCAAUGGAAAUGUAUGUACAUAAAAACUAAGCAAAACUAAAUGUUAUGCUAACAACCUAUGUAACUGCAUAGCUAAAAUAAGAUAAUAUUUUAAAAUUAAUUUUAUAUAUUUUUCUACUAUAGUUUAAAAGUUAUCCACAUAAACAUAUCUUUUGCCUGUUAAGAUUAAAAUGUCUGCUACCUGUCUAGUUUGAUUUUGUUACAUCAAGCAAUUGCUAUUAUAAUGAAAUAUGUUCAUUUUGGGGUUCAGUUAUAUAGAGUAACAGUUUCAGGAGAUUUUAAUGUUACAUCUUGCUGCAUUAUCUGUAUGCUCAACUGUUUAAUUAAUAUUACUUUAAAUCCCCAAACUCACAAUAGCCCUGAAGAGGGAGGAGUGAACAUUUUAAUUCACAUUCUGGAAGCCAUCUCCAGGCAUGGAUGGUCAAUGGGAAAAUAAACAUUUUAUUCAGCGUGUAUGUGUUUGAACAUUCACAUUAGAAAAUAUGAAGUGAAAGCUAAGAAGACAGUAUUACCUAGAUACUUAGGCUGUAGAAAUUUUUCUUUGCUACUAGCACUGUUGCUGCUGGAAUAAGAUUAACUCCAGAAAUCUUCAAAAAAGCUAGUGAAAUUCAGGUAGGGCACUAGUUUAGCUGAACAACCAGCAGGAGUGUAUGUGGAAAAAUGAAUUAACUGAUAAAGUCUAAAACAAAUUUGGAUACCCAGAGCACAUCAGUAAGCAUGCCAGAUUGAUUGACAGAGAUAUGAAAGAUUUCUCUUAUGCAUAGUGACAGUUGGUGGUAUACAUAGAAAUAGGUAGACAAGUCAAAAUGUGAAAGAUAGAUAUGAAGUCCUGAAUCUAGGAAGACACAGUACAACUGAAACAGAUCAGAGAAAUAAAAAGCAGAAAUGCUCUGUUGAUUUGAUUGUGAAUCUAAACAGACUCUCCAGUGCACCAUGUUUAAUAGCAUUCCACUCAAAAUAUUACCUCUACUGAGCUGCUUUAUGCUAGAUUGCUGUCAUUAUCAGUCAUGCAUGUGCAAUUGAAAAUUCUGUGUUUUGUUACAUUGAAUGAAACCAGUAUGGCAGUAUAGUAAAUGAUUGGGCAAUAUAUUCAUAAUAGCUCCCAGGUGAAUCUAUAAGGAGAUAGUACACCACACUGCAUACUUCCAGCCGCAUAGGCAAAUGUUGCUACAAACUGUACCCUAGGGUAAACAGCUUCAAUAAUGUGCAUGGUGUCAAUGUAACAACUAUAUAAAGAAAUCUUAGCACCCCCCCACAACAUGUGAAAGGUAAAGGCACGAUGGGGUCUAAUGCAUGGUCCACAAAAUCGUGCCUCCUGCCAUGCCACACAUCCAGAGGGAGCCCGAUCCUGCGGUGCCCUGCUGGGAUCCAGAGUCUGCAGCUACCCUGUGCCGCUGGGGUUGAGAGUCCCCUCAGUUGUGGAACUCCCAGUCCUGGCUGUGCAUGGGGCACCCCUGCAGCUGGGAGCCUGGUCAGCUGCAACCUCCCAGCUGCAGAGGCAGAUGCUGUUACACAUGCAAAUUAAAGCUGAAUAACAACAACCUGUAAAGUUAAUACACCUUUUCCAGCAAUGAUUUUAUAACUGUUUGGAGCUUUUUAUGGCGUGAUAGUUAAUUUGCACAUGUAGCUGGUCUAAAUUAAUUGUGCAGUUAACCAGAUAAUUGCAUCAUAGAUGUAGCAUGCAGUGGUAGGGCUUAUAUUAAUUUAACCACUAGUUGAUUCCACAGGGCCUACAGCACCUACAGUUUCCCAAUGACCUCAUAGCUUGAGAGUUGUCUCAAGAGCAGGUUUAAUUUGCUCCUUUUAAAACCUUUCUUAUAGUAAAGGACAUAAUAAGUUAUAGGUUUGGUCCCAACUAUGGCACUUUGUUUUCAGAAUUCAUGCCACAUGCCACUUUUCCUACAUUUCACCUGAAAAAUGAGCAAACCAAUUAUCUCGUCCUUGUAGUGCCUUCCUUUUUUCCUCAGGAACAGCUUUUUCAAUGCCUUUUUGAAAGGAUUCAAUACUGCUUACAUCCUCUUUGUCAUAUGCAUGCUGCACUCAAGAGAUAACAGGUCCAAGAUAUUUUGUGCUUCAUUGAAUUUUUCCAGUGACCUUUUCUUUGUAAUUUAUACCUUUAUUAAUAUUAUAUCUAAGACAGAACAACAUUACGCUAAGAUACUGCUGUCUCAUGUAUGGUUGAGCUUAAGAACUUGAACAUAGAAUGCAAGUGUCUGCAAUAAAUCUUGUAUCAGUUCUUUUAACAUAACUGUUUUCUUCCUAAGUAAACAGUAUAAUUUGUAUAAUUUAUCAUGAGUUUACUAUUAAACUUGCCUCAAACAA